CAAAGCCUUCUUCUUAUCAAAUAAGUUCUAUCAAAAUCUUAGUGUUGUGUUUACAAGAUCAUCCCACCGACUUGUCGACAUCAGAAGAAAUCAAAAUGAAGAUCUUCAUACUGUGUGUGUUUCUCAUCGCUUCAACAUUAGCGGAACCUCCUGUUAAUAGAUACCUACCUCCACAAGGACAAAACAGAGGAUCUUCACUUUCAAAAACAUACGGAACCCCAAGCUUCGGUAGUCAGUCGCAAAACGGAGCUGCGUUCAGGCAGCCUUCAUCGACAUAUGGCGCUCCAUCCAGAUCUCGCCCCAACUCCCAAUACUUACCCCCUUCUAACCAAUAUGGUCUUCCUCGUUCUAAUUCCCAAUCACAAACAAGCCAGUACCAAGCCCCAACGAGCCAGUACCAAACCCCAACGAGCCAGUACCAAGCACCAACAAACCAAUAUCAAGCUCCAUCAAAUCAAUACGGUUUGCCAAACCAAGGUCAAAGUUUUGGCCAAGUCGGUAGUGGAAUUCAGUACAACGCACCCUCUCAAGAAUAUGGAACUCCUGGAACCGGACGAGGAAACAACUACAACCAGCAAAGCAGACAAUAUCUGCCACCUGGUGGUGGAUACGAUGACGGCAGCAACGGGAAACCAGCAAACUAUAACUUCGAAUAUAUGGUAAAGGACGCGUACUCGGGCAACGACUUUGGUCACCGGGAAUCAAGGCAAGGAGACAGGGCUGAGGGAUUGUAUUACGUUCUGCUGCCAGACGGUAGAAAACAGACUGUACAAUACGAAGCUGACCAAGAUGGCUACAAACCAAGAAUAUCGUACGAAGACACCGGCGCACGCGCAGGCUACAAUGGUAACAGCCAAUCGGGUUACGACGAUCAAUAUUCUAGCGGACCGUAUUAA